AUGGAGAUCACUAAAUUGGGAUUAACUGUGUUCAUCGUGUUCCUAAUAAGCAUACAAGGGAUUAAUUCAACCAAAGAUGAUAAUACAACACAGCUAGAAGAAAAAUCAAAGCCCUUAGAAAAAAUAAUUUUAAAAGAAAAUGAACCGGGUGACGUUAAUCAUAAAGAAGAUCAUAGAGACGAUGUAACACGAGUGAAGCGACAGUAUUAUGAUCCGUAUUACGAUCCGUAUUAUAGAAGACGAGAGGUUUUGGUGGACGUGGAUUCGGACGUGGAUUCGGAGGCCGUGGCUUCGGUGGUAGAGGAUUUGGGGGCAGAGGAUUCGGUGGUAGAGGAUUUGGCGGAUUUGGAGGACGCGGAGGAUUCGGUGGAUUUGGGGGUAGAGGAGGCCGAGGAUAAACUAUUUCCACUUGUUAAUAAAUUUAUUUUAAAUAGACUGUUAUUUUUUAUAGACUUUUGA